AUGGCCCCCGCAGCACUGGACAAUGCGAAUCCUACCAUUUUGAACGCCUCGCAGUUGCCGACUCGUCAGAAGAAGACGGCUUCUCGCCAUGGUCCCGACAGCAAGUUUUCGGAUAUCAUCUUCUCCAAGCCUGCCUUCCUGUCGCAACCGUGUUGCCAUGAUGACGCGCCGUGGUCCCGCGGCCCUGUCGGGAUGGACCAUGAUGGAUAUGCCCCGGAACCCAUUGACGAGCAAGAAAUUUACGACUUGAUUUCUACCAUUUCGGAUCCUGAGCACCCCGUGUCACUUGGACAGCUCUCAAUCGUCAAUAUUGACGACAUUCACAUCACUCCUUCACCAGCCCUCGGCGUACCUGAUGCCAACACUAUAGUUCAAGUGACGGUUGAAAUCACCCCUACCGUCACGCACUGUUCGCUUGCCACGGUCCUCGGUCUUGGUGUCAGGGUUCGACUAGAACAGUGCUUGCCACCAAACUACCGUGUCGACGUCCUCUGCAGAGAGAAUACCCAUAGCCAAGAUGACCAGGUGAACAAGCAGCUCGCCGACAAGGAGAGGGUUGCUGCAGCUCUGGAAAACGACUCUCUAAAAGGAGUUUUGGAUAAGAUGCUUGAAACGUGCGUUUGA